AUGGCGAGGUCGGACGAGGCUGCUGCAUUUUUCGCAGCUGUCUAUCGGGCGGUACAGGAGAUCCCGCCUGGCAAGGUAACGAGCUAUGGGCAUAUUGCGAAGCUUGUUGGUACACCACAGCGACCGCGUCAAGUCGGUGUAUGCUUGAAGCACCUACCCCAAGAUCAAGGUGCAAGAUUCAACAACGGUAAUGUCCCCUGGCAGCGCGUCAUCAACGCCAAGGGUGUAAUUUCGCCGAGGUCGCAACCGUCAGGAGCCCGCACACAAGCUGCUGCUCUGCAGGCAGAAGGGGUUGUGGUUUCAACAGGAUCAUUAGGAGAGUUGACUGUGGAUUUUGCUGAAUAUGGUUGGUUUCCACGCUCAUUGCCGUCAGAGGAAGAUGACGAGAUAGACGAUGAUGAUGACUCGGACUGA